GCAGCGCGAGUCUCACAGCUUCAGUGGACAGCUCCGUGGUGCUGAAAUCUCGGAGACACCCCUCUCUCUCACACUCAAUCCCUGACGCAUGACAGGAACCAUGGAGGGAUUCUCGUGGAAACUUUUUCUACUUUCCUGCCUGGUUGUUGUGGAGAGCCUCGCGCAAGACUUCGGACAGACGCAGUUUAUUUGCACGUCAGUGCCCAAGGAUAUGGACUUGUGCACAGCUACGAUGCAAAACAGCGGCCCGGCGGAAGACCUGAAGAGCACUAUCAUACAACUGCGGGAGACGGUGCUGCAGCAAAAGGAGACCAUUGUGAACCAAAAGGAGACAAUCAGGGAACUAACGUCCAAGUUGAGCCGCUGCGAGAGCCAGAGCCUCCCUGCGGCCGCAGGACCUGGCGGCCGGCGGCCGGGGUCGAAGAACACGAUGGGGGAUGUAUCUCGGGGCACUACGGAUACUCUGGCCCAGCUGGGACAGACUUUACAGACGCUCAAACAGAGACUGGAGAAUCUAGAGCAGUACAGCCGGGGGAAUAACACCGUGCAAGCAAACAGCCUGAAAGACCUGCUGCAAAACAAGAUAGAUGACAUGGAGAAGCAAGUUCUGUCCCGGGUCAACACGUUAGAGGAGACCAAAUCCGGAUCGAGGAAUGACUCCGAGCAGCGGAACAGAGUGGAGUCCACGCUCACCUCUCUGCACCACCGGAUAACAGACCUGGAGAAAGGCAAAGACACCCGACCAACAGAUAAGUUCCAGAUCACUUUCCCCCUGAGAACCAACUAUAUGUACGCCAAAGCUAAGAAGAGCCUUCCUGAGAUGUACUCCUUCACCGUGUGUCUGUGGAUCAAGUCCAAUGCUUCGCCUGGGGUGGGCACCCCCUUCUCCUAUGCAGUUCCAGGACAGGCCAAUGAGCUGGUGCUGAUUGAGUGGGGGAACAAUCCCAUGGAGAUUCUCAUCAAUGACAAGGUUGCAAAACUGCCGUUCCUCAUCAACGAUGGAAAAUGGCAUCACCUCUGCAUCACGUGGACCACCCGUGACGGGAUGUGGGAGGCCUUCCAGGACGGAGUGAAGCGGGGCAGCGGGGAAAAUCUGGCGCCAUACCACCCCAUCAAACCAGAGGGUGUGCUGGUCCUGGGACAAGAGCAGGACACGCUGGGAGGAGGCUUUGAUGCCACACAAGCCUUUGUUGGUGAGCUGGCAAACUUAAACAUCUGGAAUAAGAAACUUUCUAUCACCGAGAUCUAUAACUUGGCAACCUGCAAUAGCAAAGCAUCGACUGGCGAUGUGUUCUCCUGGACAGAGAGCAACAUCGAAGUGUUUGGCGGAGCGACCAAAUGGACCUUCGAGCCUUGCCGUUCAGCCAACUGAACUGCAUCUCACCGCUGGAGAAAGGCCUAUCUGUAUUUCUGAGCUUUUGUCGUUCUUGUCUUCAUUUGACGUUUGUUAGAGACUAUCUGAGUUAUAAGUAAGCUUAAAUCUGGGAUUUCCACCAUUCUUAGGUAUCCAUGUUGCAAAACAACGCUUUUCAUCUUGAGGAAAAAAAAAAAGAAUCUAUUUCAUCUUGGAAACCUCAGUGAGAAAGUAUUGCUAUUAUCCUUUUUCUUUCUUGGACAUUCAGUUGAAAGCACAUCUAAGCUUUUCGUUU